AUGAGCAACAAAUCCCUGGAGCAAGCUCUUGCGAACCUCCUUCCCACCCAUGCCGAAGCUCUCCCCCCGGAGCUCGUCAAACACGCUGCAAGCCUCCUCGCACAGUCACGCACGUAUGGAAGUAGUUUGAAGCCCGAAGAAGAAAUUGCUAGGCCAUUAAGAAAAUCUCUCAAACUUCCCUCUCCCCUGGGCAGACCCCCAUGCCCACCCCGCGUAUACAAGAAGAUUUACACAUACCUCGAGCAGGCGUUACUGAAAUCCUCAAAAACCACUUCCUCUGCACCAAAUACCCCAAAGAAACCCAUAGGCACAUCCUCAUCUCUGCGGACACCAUCGAAAAAUAAUUCUCUAGCUGUAACGACCGCGCCGAAUGGCUCACCGCUCAAGCGCCCUCUUCCUACAACGCCGCCUCAGAGAGCAGCGAGAGAUCAUAAUAGGACAAAGGUAGCCCUACGCGGAAAGGGUUCCAAUGGCAUUUCCAGCCACAGUUCAGUGAAAGAUGCCCCAUCGUGGACAAUGCCACUUAUUCGACGGAUAUGUAAAACAUCAGCCACGCCUAUAGCUAGCUCAGCAUCCCCCACGCGCCCUUCAUUUUCGACCGGUUUGCCGCCACAUAUCUUCGCGGGGGUCUCCUCGAUUCUCUCGUAUAUUUCUGAAACGGAGCCGCAGCGAGGUAAAAAUCAAACGCAAUUCCUCUCCCCGCUUAUCGCGUCAACGAAACCGACAGCCGGAAUGCACGAACCUGGCUCCAAUGAUGACAAAAUUUACAGAGAUAGAAUCACUACAUUGAUUGUGGCUGUAUAUUUUGUCGUACUCACUCGUAUGCAUCGGGGUAUUGCACAGUCCUCAACCUCCUCAUUCCUUCCACCAGAUGAGAAUUGGGAUGUGGAUACGUAUAUGGAAAUGGCUGCUGCAGCGCUGACGGUUGUCGGUCUGGAAGGGAAAACAUAUGUUAACGAUGUGGAUGUGUGGCUAUCUAUUAUUAUGACGCAGAACUGGACGGUGGGAACGGAGUGGUUUGACAACAUACCCAGUCCCUCGAAAGGCGGCGAAGGUGUGAAAGGGAAUCGGGGCGAGGGAUUGGCAAAAAGAGCGGGAAAUGGAAAUGACGACGACGACGAUGAAAUUGUUAGCCCCCAAAAAAGGAGGGUAAUCCGGCGGCAAAAUCAGCAGCGAGGCGAAAAUCGGGAUGCGAAGGCACAGGGUGGUUUGCAGCCUGGCCUAGGCACCAUGAUGCAGGAUCGUCUCAAUUGGUUGAGCGAGGAUAUGAGGGAAGACUAUCUAGAGUGGAAAGAAGGGGUUAUGAAGAGGAUACAUGCCAUUGAAAAAGGGAUGGCUGCUUCAUAG